GGUGUCCAGACCCCAGAUGUUGAAGCGAGGGUGCGCCCCGAUAUGGUAACGAGGGAAGGGGCGGCACAGUGGGUCUCAGGAACGUUUUUUUUGGUUUGGGGAGCGGUAUAUCGACAUAAUGUAUCAUUGCAGACGAUGACCAGCAAAGCACCAACUUCCUUCCGAUGCAUUGGAAGUGGCAACGCGCGAGCUAGGCCCACUGUGUUGCCAAAGUUUGCAACCUCUCAUCAUGGACGUCCUUUCGAUGUCGCGACGCAACUUGGUAGCACUCCUCAUUUUCUCAAUGGGUGCUGUCCAAGUUAUGGGUUCGGCCGCGAUUUUAGUUCAUCGCGUUGACAUGUUGAGGGCGACACGGACGGCUCCACCUUGCACGACACGCUUUCUCACCAUGCUGACAAACAUUCACAAAUGCAUUUGUCGCAAGGCCACAAAUAAUUUUCUUGUGCAACGUGUAACAGACCAUCUUCUCCGGGAUUCCCCAAAGACAUGAUGCCCAACUAAUUAUUUAUGGUGAGCCCAUUUUUGAUGACGGCGAACCCAUAGGCAGGAUCCCAGCCUCUACUGAGUGAAUCCACUACACCGGAUUAAAAGUUUCGACUUGGCAUGAGACCAUUACUGAAUAAGAGCACCGGAGGCCGAGUUCUAUCAUGCAGACGGAGUCAUCUGUACUGCAACUAGAUCAUUACGGGCGAAAAUAAGCUUGUCUGUCAGGAGUAUAGCGGGCCACUGAUGAGUCUGCAUGGUUGAGUAGGGU